UAUUUGGUUCUAUCAAACAACAAUCUUUCUGGUCCAAUACCAAGAAACAUAUGUUCCAACACUAGCAAUUUGGAGCAUCUGAUUCUAUCAGAGGUUCAACUUUUAGGUGAAAUUCCGGCGGAAUUGAGACUCUGUCGAUUGUUGAAGCAGCUUGAUUUGUCCAACAAUACGCUAAACGGAUCAAUACCGGUUGAACUUUAUGAGCUGCUUGAAUUGACCGAUCUCUAUCUCCACAACAACAGCUUGGUUGGUUCAAUUUCUCCAUUCAUAGCAAACCUCAGCAACUUGCAGACGCUUGCACUGUUUCACAACAAUUUGGAGGGCAACUUGCCCGGAGAAAUUGGAAUGCUGAGUAAACUUGAAAUCUUAUAUCUGUAUGAAAAUCAACUGUCUGGAGACCUCCCUUCGGAGAUUGGUAAUUGUUCAAGCCUGCAAAUGAUUGACUUCUUUGGCAAUCGUUUCACUGGGGAGAUUCCCGUUACUAUUGGCAGACUGAAGGAGCUGCAUCUUCUUCAUCUGAGGCAAAAUGCGCUUGUGGGUGAAAUUCCAGCCACGUUGGGUAACUGUCAUCAACUAACCAUCCUGGACUUAGCAGACAAUCGCCUAUCUGGUGGCAUUCACCCGAGUUUCGGGUACCUUGAAUCCCUGGAGCAGCUCAUGCUUUACAACAAUUCACUUGAAGGUAAUCUUCCCACUUCAUUGAUCAAUUUAGCGAACCUGACAAGAGUCAAUCUCUCCAAAAACAAAAUGAAUGGCAGCAUUGCUGCGUUGUGUAGUUCACGUUCUUUGCUUUCUUUUGAUUUAACGAACAAUGCAUUUGAUGGUGACAUCCCUCCAGAGCUUGGUAAUUCACCUUCUCUUGAGAGACUAAGAUUAGGAAAAAACCAAUUCACUGGCAGAAUCCCCGGAUCAUUGGGCAAGAUUCGUGAACUGUCACUAUUAGAUCUCUCGGGUAAUAUGCUCAGUGGACCUAUACCAGCUGAGCUGAUGUUGUGCAGGAAACUGAGUCAUAUUGAUCUAAAUAACAACUUCCUUUCUGGACUGGUACCACCAUGGCUUGGUGGUUUGCCUCAACUAGGAGAGAUUAGGCUCUCCUCCAAUCAAUUUUCUGGGGCUCUUCCUCGAGAACUUUUCAAUUGUUCCAAGUUGUUGGUACUCUGCCUUGAUGGCAAUUCGCUCAAUGGAACUCUCGUUGGUGAAAUUGGUAACUUGUUAUCUCUUAAUGUACUCAACCUCAACAGAAACCAACUUUCUGGACCUAUUCCUGCAACCAUAGGCAAGCUAAGCAAGUUGUAUGAGCUACAGCUCUCAUGGAACAGCUUCAAUGGUGAUAUACCAACUGAGCUUGGACAACUCCAGAAUCUUCAAAGCAUUCUAGAUCUCAGUAACAACAACCUCACCGGACAAAUCCCGCCUUCUAUUGGAACGCUAUCCAAGCUCGAAGCCCUCGAUCUUUCUCACAAUCAACUCAUCGGGGAAGUCCCUCCUCAAAUUGGUGAUAUGAGCAGCUUGGGCAAGCUUAAUCUCUCGUGCAACAAGCUUCAAGGCAAAUUAAGCAAACAGUUGUCACACUGGCCAGCUGACGCAUUUGAAGGGAACUUAAAUCUAUGUGGAAGCCCGCUUGAUCCUUGCAACAACCUUCCAUCCAGCAAGCAGCAAUCAGCCCUAAGCGAAACAUCCGUGGUGGUGAUAUCAGCAAUUUCAACUUUAGCUGCAAUUGCUCUGCUGGCGCUGAUAGUAGCCACCUUCUUGAAACAGAGGAGAGAAUAUGUCAAGAGAGCCAGUGAAGUGAAUUGCACCUACUCCUCCAGUUCUUCACAAGCACGGAGAAGGCUACUCUUCCAGAAUGGGGCUGCUAAGCAAGACUAUAAAUGGGAAGACAUCAUGCAAGCCACAAAACAUCUAAGUGAUGAGUUUGUCAUUGGCUCAGGAGGAUCUGGAACGGUGUACAAAGCUGAAUUACCAAGGGGAGAAACAGUGGCCGUCAAAAAGAUUUCGUGGAAGGAGGAUCUUCUAUUGAAUAGAAGCUUCACAAGAGAAAUUAAGACACUUGGGAGGAUAAGGCACAGGCAUCUAGUGAAGUUGAUGGGGUAUUGUAGCAACAGAGUGGCUGGUUUGAAUCUCCUGAUAUACGAGUACAUGGAGAACGGAAGUGUGUGGGAUUGGCUGCAUAGGAAACCGGUGAAUAUCAAGAAGAAGAGCCUUGAUUGGGAGGCUAGGAUAAGGAUUGCAGUGGGAUUAGCGCAAGGAGUGGAGUACCUCCACCAUGACUGCGUGCCAAAGAUUGUUCAUAGGGACAUUAAAUCAAGCAACGUGUUGCUAGAUUCUAAUAUGGACUCUCAUUUGGGAGAUUUCGGGCUUGCCAAAUCACUUGCUGAGAAUCAUGACUCCAACACAGAAUCAAAUUCAUGGUUUGCAGGGUCUUAUGGUUAUAUUGCGCCAGAGUAUGCUUACACAUUGAAGGCAACUGAGAAGAGUGACGUUUACAGUAUGGGCAUUGUGUUAAUGGAGCUUGUCAGCGGGAAAAUGCCGACUGAUGCCUGUUUUGGUGUAGACAUGGACAUGGUGAGAUGGGUGGAGACGCGAAUGGAAAUGCAAGGUUCUGAUCGUGGGGAACUGAUAGAUCCUGCUUUGAAACCGCUCUUACCCGGCGAGGAAUCUGCGGCAUAUCAGGUGCUUGAAAUAGCACUGCAGUGCACGAAAACCACCGCACAAGAGAGGCCAUCCAGCCGGCAAGCGAGUGAUCAACUCAUUCAUGUAUUGAACAACAGGAUGGUGGAUUUUGACAAGAUGACAUGACUAAUGCUAUCAAUUCUUAAAGGUUGAAGAUGAUCAAAAUGAAAGAGAAACUAAUGGUUGCUGCAAGCUCAAAUCGUGAAACUUCCACUUAAACACUCAGAAUUUUACUACGUUAUAUGCCAAACUCCAGCUUGUUUGAAUUGUUUUUGUUGAGAAUUCGUUUAAAAAUAGUUGUAAAGGAAAUCCUCGGAGUUGGACACCUAGCUAUUCUUUUCUUCUCUUCCAUUUGUAAUAAUCCAGCAUACCCGCAGCCCCUGC